AUGAUGGCGGAGAGUUCGUCUUGGAGUUUUGAUGAAGCCGAUUUGUCUGCGUGUUUCGAUGACACGAUGAAUGGCAUCGGCGUAGGCGUCCGAUCAAUGUUUAACAUGCGUGAUGCUCUAUCAGCUCUACCACUCUGUAAUGAUGAAAGUAAGCUUUCUGAUGAUUCAAACCAUGAAAGCUUAUCAAAUUUCUCUAUGUUGUCCAGUAAUUCGGCACAGACUGUUGCUAAUACUUUUGUCUCGAUGGUUGAUACAAACUCUCAUUUGUUUGAUAACAUUUUGAAAGCUCCAACGUCGUCGGCUACACGAUUAGGUGAAGCGUCUUUAACUUACCUGAAUCAAGGACAAACGUAUGAGCUUAAGUUAAACUCGAAAACACCGGAGAUAAAAUUUAUCAAGACAUGGAUUCGAGUUACUUUCUAUGACAAACAGAUGGAAUUAAAUGAACACGAGCAUUGGGAUAACUGGCAUCAAACACACCCUGGUGAAAACCGCAUAGACGUAGAUUAUAAAAGAUCAAAUGAUUAUGAAGAAUUAGAUAGUGAAAAUACUCCAUCAGAUGAUAUAUUAUGUAUAUGGAAAUAUCCGAAAUGUACCAUUGGUUUACGAUUUAAUUGUGUCAGUACUGAGUUUACUGCUAAGAAACACGGUGGUGAAAAAGGAAUUCCUUUUCGAUUUCGGGUAGAACAUUUUGAAUAUGAUACUAACCAACAUUUGGGCUCAUUCGCUUGUCAAAUUAAAGUAUUUAAAAUGAAAGGAGCUGAUCGUAAGCAUAAAACAGAUCGAGAAAGAAUAGAACGUAAAUCUGGUGAUGAUCAGGCUAUUUAUAAACCAUCAGUUCCUGUGACUAAAUUGUCAUAUUUACCUAGCAAGCAAGUUAAAUUAUUUCAUAAUCACCAUCAUAACCAUGGUCAUUAUCAAUCGAUAACGGAUAAGCAGCCGGCGAUCGGCGAUACUUUUGCAGAGCAAUCGAUAAAAGUGACAAAUACACAAAUUCUUACCACUUCUGCUACAACAGCCGCGUCGGUUUGCAAUAAUUCAUGCCAGCAAUUUAAAGUAGAUAUGGGCAGUUUGGAUUUACAGAAUUUGGCACGAGUCGAGAAGGCGGUGAUGAAGGAUAACUUUACACUAGAUGAUUUAAAUGAUACAAGUAACAACUUUGCAAUACCUAACCCAAUCGUAUCACCUAGUGCUUCCAAUCGGUCAUUUUCGGAAUUUGUUAUACCUACUUACCCAAUUCAUCGUUCAGCGUAUUCAGCGUUAAGAAAUGUAUCCCCCGGUAUAUCACCUUCUCCAUCUUCUAAUAGGCGUUUUAAUUGUGCAAUACAACCAUGUCUUCAACGACGUAGACGUCUUCGAGUAGGAGACUGUUGUGCUGGAACUUGUUCAUCAUGUGGACGCAGUUGUCGAAGUGCUUCCCGAUGGAUACGAAGUAAUAAAAAUAGAAUGAUGUGCACAAACUGGGACAAUUCAACAAAUCGUGCCAAACAAGCUUCACUGAUUUCAGAGAGAAGGCGAGCUGCACAUAGUUAUGAAAACGGUUCCCAUUUGAUUGAAUUCCCAAAGUCCAAAUCGAUUCAAAUGAAUGUUCCUUCUCACCAGUCAAAUUCCAUAAAUAAUAAUCAUCAUACAGGAAUAUAUGAGUUGAGUACAUCAGGUGAAUCGUCUAGUCUAGGAAAUAAUGAUGAAUUAAAUAAAUAUACUAUAUUAGAUAAAUAUGAUGGUCAGAAAUCCAAACCAUCAUCUAUCACCCUACCUGAUUAUCCUCUUAAUUCAGUAGUAAUAGUACAAUCGGAUGAAGAUCCUUUAUUAAGCAUGUCCAGUGCAACUCCAGCAAGUCGUGAUAUGGGUUAUUGUAGUGAUCUGUUAGUAUCGUCACCUUCCAGACCUACUGUCGAAGACAGAGUCUUCGAACAAAUUGAAUAUUGUACAGAGAACAAUAAUAAUGAUAAUGAUAAUGUUCAUAAUAAUAAUAAUGACGAUUAUGCAGAAUUGUUGAAAUUUGAAGAUUUAUGUAUGGAUAAAUUAAACCAUGUAGUUCAUCAAGCUACAUCAUGUGAUUCAAUAGUUUCUUUGUCGAAUAAACCAAAAGUUGAAAUCCCUUCUUUAUCAUCAUCAUCAUUGUCGUCAACAUCAUCAUCAACUUCUGUCUGUCCAUCGUCUAUAAAUACUUCUGUUGCUACUGUUAAACCCACUACUAUUACUACCUCGAAUAUAUCAUCUGUAGUACAUUGUGAAAUGACAGCAUCACAGGUUGCAGAUUGGCUUUGUCAAUCAAAUUUUGAAAAUCUUCUUGAAACGUUUAAGAAUUUCACAGGUUGUGAUAUACUUCGCCUAGCUAAAGAAGAUUUAUUGUCUAUUUGUGGAUCAUCAGAAGGUUUACGAUUAUAUAACUCACUUUAUAACAAACCUACAGUGCCAAGAUGUACAUUGUACGUUUGCUUGAAAGGAGAAACAAUCUAUCAUGCAAUUAUGCUGUAUGAAAUGAAUGUUCAUGAAUUACGUAAUCGAAUGGCUUUUAUAUUAUCUUGUCGUCAAGAAUGCAUCAAAAUUAUAUGCCUUGUCACAGAAAAUGAUAUUCCUGUCCUAUUAACCGAUGAGCUCAUUGUUCAAUUAAAGGAUAAAAGUACACAUCAAAUUACAUUGAAUAAAAUUUGUUGUAAUAAAAUUAAUUUAUUUUUAAAACCUACACAACAUUAA